AGCAAUAUGCCGAACGAGAAGAAGCCUUCACACGGCUGGGUGAAACGCCGAUGCACUUUGGGCGUGACUUCGAAUGUGACAUGCACCAAGAUCUCCUCUGGGCUGUGUAAGUCGGGAGCUGCAUUUAAGGUAGCGGCGUCCGGCUCGGCUCUGCACAGUGGGGAGUGGCUGUCGCAAAACUGUGGGUUUUCCUGCUUCUCCAUUUUCUCUGUCAGUGCUUCCACCCUCACGAUUCACACGCAUCUCUCCCAGCCCAGUCAGCCAUUACAGCCAAUUCUGCAGAUUGAUCCCAGACCCAGUCCCAGAAUUGAAUUCCGUGCACUCUGCUCUAUCAUGAGCCUCUCAUAAACAUCCACAGCCACGACAAGAUGGCUCCUGAGCUCUCAUCAAACUGGAAAAAGUUGCAGGCUCAGAUAAAGACUGAGCCGUCCUCUGCGCCCAAGAAGCCGCCGCCACAGGCAGCGCAGCAGAAGCCCGCAAAGAGAAAAGCCACAGAAGACGCAACACAGAUCUCGAAGAAACACAAGCCCAGCAGUACACUGCCCCCCAAGAAGCAGGCUGAGAACAAACGGCAGCGCAACUGGCCCGUGAGACAACCACCGCCUUCCUCGUCUUCGUCGAUGGGCGUAACCCAGUCCUCCGCCAUCCCCAAUGGCACGCCGGCGACAAUAAAGCCAUCACUGGCACUAUGGGCCGACGACAAUGGCAUAUCAUCAGAAGCCUUGGCCGAAGCAUACAACCUCGGCGUCAAGGACAACGCGCUGCUGAGGGCGGGAAGCGAGGCAGAGAAACACCGCGUCAAUGAAGGAUUGGCCCCAGGCCUCAAGAUCGGCGAUGUCGGCAAGUACAUUGGGCUGGACUGUGAGAUGGUCGGCAUUGGGCCGGAUGGGUACGACCACGCCCUGGCGCGGGUGAGCGUGGUCGACUUCCAUGGGAAGCAGGUGUACGACUCGUUUGUGCGGCCGCGCGAGAAAGUGACGGACUGGCGGACGAGCAUUACGGGCAUCACGACGCGGCACAUGCGGACCGCGAGGGACUUUGACGAGGUACAGAAGGUCAUUGCAGAGCUGCUCAAGGAUAGGAUACUGGUCGGGCACGACAUUCGACACGAUCUCGCCGUGCUCAUGCUCAGCCACCCCACACACCAGAUUCGCGACACGGCGAGGUUCUCAGGGUACAGGAAGUAUGGACAUGGGCCGAAGCCAGCGCUGCGGGUGCUUGCGCGGGAAGUGCUGGGCGUGGAGAUUCAGGGUGGUGUCCAUUCGAGCAUCGAGGAUGCCAGAGUCGCGAUGCUACUCUUCCGGAAGAAGAAGCCCGAGUUCGAUGUCGAGCACGCGCACAAAUUUAGCAGAUUCGUCAAUGAUGAUGAUGAAGAGCUUGGGGCCAGCGCAGGGGCAAAAGGCAAAGGCAGGACGAAAGCUGCGGGAGGGAAGAAGAAGAAAAGGCAUUAGCGAGCAAUCUUUGAGCAACAUGGACUAGCGCAUCAUAAUACCCAAACGAUACACACUG